CCCGAUUUUAGUUUCAAAGUUUAAAAACGGAAAACGGAAAACGAACCGUUUCCCGAUUUUCAUUUCAAAAUGGGAAAAUAAAAAAAUGGAAAACGAGCCGUUUCCCGAUUUUUGUUUCCUGAUUAAAAAUUUAAAAAUGGAUUUUAAAAAUCCGGCGUGGAAAUCGGAUUUCUGAGUUUUUAUUUUUUUCCCCAAUUCUCACCCGGAAGUUGUCCCCAUACAUUUGACAGUUUCAUGACAGUAGAGGGCGUGCUGCAGUUUCCAUCGUUGUCAAGUGUAUUUUGGAUGUCUGCGGGAUGGCAACGGGCAGUUAUGUCCUUUUUCGAGAAAGCAGACGUGUUACACUUAAGGAAGAUGACAUGUCUGUGGACAAGAUAUGCAGGAUUUUUCAGGUUAAUUGCAGUAGUCUGUACAUUACAGAUGAUGCAAACACUGCAAUAUUUCCAGAGCCAGCAGGACAUUUUUCCAUCCUAAAUCUUUCACAUCACAGUCAUUAUGAGGUCCAUGGAGAUCCAGUUCAUAGUCCACUUCCUGCAAGCAGAUCCCUACCCACUACUGGUAUUCCAUUUGCCUUCAUGCACCGACCCUCACCUUCUGCUCUGACUGACACACCACGGCCUUCAGCUGGAACGCCACGAGCAAGCAACCUGUUCCCAGCAAGAUCUUUCCAAAGGGCUAUCCAUAUUGCCAAAAUAGUAAAUCACAAGCUCAGUACUUCCAAAACAGUCAUCAUUCGCUUUUUGGAAGCUGAAGCAAAUGUGGAAGGAAUAACACAGAAGGUGAAGGAUGCCUUGGGCUGUGAUGAGGUGAUUACCCUGACAGACAGCCAAGGAAAUGAAAUAGUAGACUCGGAGGGCACAAGAAGUUCCCAUUACUGGAAACAGAACUCCAGAAAAAUCUAUGCAAUCUUUGAGGAUGACUUUGUGGAGUUCCAGAAUGGAAGAACAGCUAAAGCAAGUCGAAGGGCCGACGACAGUAUGAGCAUACAAGAGGUCAUUGGCAAAAUUGACCAACUAAAGCAAGCUGCUGAGAGCCUCCAAGAUAUCACCUCAGCAAUAAACCAGCUGUCUGAGCUUGCAAAGCACACACGCAAAGCAGUGACUGAUGCCCACCUGCAUUCUGUAAAGGAUGCCUUUGCCUGCCUCGUUUGCAAAGCUCUAAUGGAGGAACCCAUGUUUUCCACGUGCUGCGAGUCUCUAGUUGGAUGCCGAACAUGUGUGGAGCAGUGGCUGUUAACUGCAGAUCACUGUCUGAAAUGCAGAGCUGAAGAAUUUGAUCGUAGGGUACACCAAGUUAAGGGUCUCCAUGCUGUUCUCUCUCUCCUCAAAGAGAUAUAGAUGUGUAAUUCAUCUAACAUUGAAUAUAAAUGGGCGUUUGUCACUACAAAGCUAAAGAGGGUGCAGAGUUUGUAUUUCAAGCCAACAUCACACCAGCUUAAUUGACCAGGUUUUCCUACAGAGGAACCUUUUAUAAAAUCAGCUUGGGUAGUGUUGGCAUAUAUACUAACCUGCAGCCUCUGCAGCUUAUCAGUAACACGUUUCCUCAUCCUGUUUGAUGGGUGGUUUUCUCUGUAAUCACAUUGUCUUUUUUACUUGGUUGUCCUUAGGUUUCAAGCCCAGUUUGAUGUUUAUAACAUGGUUUGGGAGUGGAACAGUAGUCGGUAACUGCGGUUUUCAUUAUGUAAUUAUUAAAUGUUACAUUGUUUAAAUGAUAUACAAGCUUGGGUGUUACACAAAAUUAGAAUUUUAAAAAAGAAUCAGAGAAUUGCAAGUUCUCCUUU